UUUAUUUAUUAAAUUAAGUAAUAUUUCUAUAUUUUUUAUAUCAAAAGCUACACCUAACCAAUCAGUAUGUAGUAAUCAUUUUGAUCCAGAAUGCUAUAAUUUUAGUUAUAKUAGAAAAAUGCUCAAACCUUCUGCUGUACCAUCGCUUUCAUUUGAAAGUAUACCAGAUUGCCCAGAUCCAUCAAUAUCACCAAUUCCAUCUACAUCUAUAACUAUGCAUAAACGCUGUGAGAGUCCUKUAGAUUAUUCUUGUUCGACCCCCAAGAAAACAAAGACAAGUUUAUCYUAUGAGCAUUCUCCAAACAUGUGUCUUAAAAAAAACAGAGUCUACAACACAAGUCGAAUUGGUGAUUUUACAUCAUUUGAUUUUGKAACUCCUAAACGKWCAUCAAGGAAUCUGAAAGUUGUAAAAAAAAUAGUUCAAAACUUGAGACAAAAAAACAAAAAUUUAAAACAAAAAAACAGACGUUUAGAAAAAAAAAUUGCAUCAUUGAAUGAUAUGUUUUCUGUUCUAAAACAAAAAUCUUUAAUAACUGAAUUUAUAGCUGAUAAUAUGAAGGUAUUAAUACUAAGAAAUAUCAUUAUAUAAUUGUUGGGCAGUAAAAUAAAUGUUAUAUGGUAGUAUAAAAUGUUGAU